CAUCUGGUUUUGGGCCCUACCUGCUUGAGAUUUUUAUCUUUUGGGCCUGGUGAUUCUGGGCUGGGCUUCCGAAGCUUCAGAAGAAGAAGAAGCAGAAAAGAAACUGCUGCUAAAACCGAACUGCUAUCUUUCUCCUUCACCGGCGAACGGCAACUGGGUAUACCGUAGAAGUAUUUCUUCUUCCACAGUAUUUCUUCCUCAGCUAUGGAGUUCGUUAACCCAGAAGGACUCCGUCUGGACGGUCGCCGUCCGAUGGAAAUGAGGCAGCUUCGAGCAGAGAUUGGCGCGGUUGCCAGAGCUGACGGUUCUGCUGUUUUUGAAAUGGGCAACACCAAAGUAAUUGCUGCUGUCUAUGGUCCUAGAGAGGUCCAGAACAAGAGCCAGCUGAGUAACGACCAGGCAUUGGUGAGGUGUGAGUACACCAUGGCCAAUUUCAGCACCGGUGACCGCAAGCGUAAACCAAAGGGCGAUAGGCGAUCAACAGAGAUAUCUUUAGUCAUCCGCCAGACAAUGGAAGCUUGCAUAUUGACUCACCUAAUGCCACGCUCUCAGAUAGACAUCUACGUGCAAGUCCUCCAAGCUGAUGGAGGAACUAGAUCUGCAUGUAUAAAUGCUGCAACUUUGGCCCUAGCUGAUGCUGGGAUCCCUAUGCGUGACCUUGUGACUUCCUGUAGUGCUGGUUACCUCAAUAGCACUCCUUUGCUAGAUCUUAAUUAUCUGGAAGAUAGUGCUGGGGGUCCUGAUGUCACUGUUGGGUUUCUACCGAAGCUAGACAAAGUGACUCUUCUUCAGAUGGAUGCCAAGUUGCCAGUUGAUAUUGUUGAAAACGUUAUGCAGCUUGCAAUUGAAGGCUGCAAGGCCAUUGCAACUUAUAUACGGGAGGUAUUGCUCGAAAACACCAAGCAACUAGAGUAUCGACGAGGCCUGUAAUUCGAGUUUGUUAUUCGACCAAGCUAGCUCAUACUAUGCCCCUAGCUGUAGUUACUUCGAGUUUGUUAUUAGGCUGUUUUGGUAGAGUUGAUUUUAGGUAGUAAAAGGAUAAUUGAUGGAUGUUAGAUGUGUGUUUGAUAAUACGUCAAUUUGUGUGCAAACCAUUUUUCUUUCCUUUUUAUGAAAUUACAAGUGAGGAAGAGCUGAAUAGUUGUUUCAGAUUGAGAAAAUGUGCAUUUCGGGAUUCCAAAAGCACAGGCUUUACAUGGAUUUUCCAUCCACUGUAGAUUCCAAAAGCACUACUAUAAGUCAUCUCUAUUUGAUCUCGUUUUGCUUUACGUGGAUACAAUCUUGUAUCCACUACUAUAAGUCAACUGCCACAAGCCAUUGCCUUGAUCUCAUCAGGCUUGAUGGUAUGCUUGCCGCUAUGGAGUCGAACAAAGCCUGCUCACAGUACUGUAAUUUCACAUCAAGAAUGCAUGGCACUGGCUGCGGCAUCUAUCGUAGGGGCAGAUAAAAGGCAAACACCUGAACCCCAAAGCCCUGUUUCGACCUAUAUCACGACCACCGAUUGGUCACUCCGCCAUACACUGUCCCAUUCGAACUAAAACGAUAAGGGAACA